AUGUCCUACGCCGUGGAAUCAAAGAAACGGAAAUUCCACCGGGUAUUAGAGUCCAUCUCUAAACCUCACACUUCCGAAAAUGCACCCAAACCCUCGAGGCCAGCGUCAACACCCGCUGCCGCAAGCGCGCAAGACCGUCCGCUCGCGAACCUCUCCAUCAAGAAGGUUCGUCUGAGCAGCCACGAUAAUUCAGACCCAAUCUCUGUGCGCAACUCCAUAUUAAAGCUAUCUCGUCCUACAUCUCGAACGUCCUCGACAUCUUCGACGCAGCGCCCAACUUUUCUUCCUUGGGACCGCGAUGCCUUCCUCGGGCGACUGGAGACUUUCCGUCGGGUGGAUCGAUGGACCUCCAAACCUUCACCAAUCAACGAAGUUCAAUGGGCUAAGCGUGGCUGGAUAUGUACCGAUUCCAUGCGGGUAGGCUGUGUCAGUGGCUGUGGCGGUUCGGUUGUUGUGAAGCUGCCCGACGAGAUCGAUGAGUUGGACGGGUACGAUGCGGAGAAGGUUCAGGAACGCAAGGAAGUCCGCGCAAGGCUAGUGGAAGAGUAUGCAAAACAGCUAAGCGAAGCCCAUGGUGAGAAUUGCCCGUGGCGAAACAAAGGCUGUGAUGCUACCAUCCAACAUUUGCAACUUGUGAAUACAGACAUUGCUAUCACUAAGUUGCAUGAUCGUUAUAUGAAUAUUGUGAAGCUGGGUGAGAAAUUGCCCGCCGAAGGUGUUAUUGAAACCCCCGAGGGAUUCCAUCUGGAUAAUCUCAUAGAGAUGUUGCCUGCGGAGUGGUUUAAGGACUCGAAGACAGCCUCCGAGGCAAUAAAUACAGAAACAGAAACCAACGCAGAGGCUACGGCCCCUACCCAACAGCCACCAGCAGAGCCGCCGAAACAAGUCAACCGAACCGCACUUGCGAUGGCUUUCUUUGGAUGGGAUUCCGUGGCCGAUGAAGCUGCAGGACUAGUCGGAUGCAAGGCCUGCUUCCGCCGCCUGGGCCUAUGGAUGUACAAGCCCAAGGAAAACGGUGAUGUCACAGUCUAUACGUCUUUAGAUGUGGCUUCAGAGCACAUGGAGUACUGUCCAUGGAUUGACCCAGUGGCACAGAGCGGCUCUGGCAAGCCAAAUGAAAAGGUGGAUGGCCUACGCAGUGGAUGGCAGGUUGUUGCUGAGGCAUGCAAGGUAAAGCACCGUCGAAGACUCCGAUCCGUGGCAUCCAUGGAGACGGUGAACAGCAGACCCAGUACGCCCUUGCAGGACUCUGCACCCGAUGAGGAGAAUGAAGAGAGUCGGAAAACUGCCGACCGCGAGUGGUGGGCUAAGAUUCGACGGAUCCGACAAUCUUUGACUUCCAAAUCACCACACCGGAAGUCCGUCCCGAAAUAA